GUUUAUAAAUAGACCUGAAAGCCGAUCUGCCACUUCGAAUCGCUCAAAAUGGAGAAGUGUCUCGUCUUCUGCUUUUCAUUCAUAACUCUGUUUAUUUGUGUGAAAUGUUCAUUGCCUCCUCCAUGCGACAGUGAAAUCUACUGCUCAGGCCCCAUCCUGCACCACAUGCAGGAAGCAAAGCUGUUCAAAGAUGACAAACACUUUGUAGACAUGAAGCUGAAGUCGCCUCCUGGUGAGGUUUUGGCGGCUUUUCAAACGCUGUUAAACGAGUGGCCGAACUCCAGCAUCCCAACCGAGAAGCUCCAGGAGUUCCUGGAGGCAAACUUUGACAAACCGGGGACGGAGUUUGAGACGUGGAUGCCGACCGAUUGGCAGGAAAAGCCGCGGUUCCUGAGUGGAAUCGCAGACGAGAAGCUGCGGCUGUGGGCAGAGCAGAUUCACGGCCUGUGGAAAUCUCUGGGCAGAAAGAUACAAACCAGUGUCAAAGAUCACCCGGAGCUCUACUCUCAGAUUUUCACCCCACAUCCGGUCGUGGUUCCGGGCGGCCGCUUCAGGGAGCUCUACUACUGGGACUCCUAUUGGGUCAUCAACGGGCUCAUUCUGUCGGAGAUGACGGAAACAGCGUACGGAAUGAUUCAGAACUUCCUCUUCUUGGUCGAAAGAUACGGGUUCGUUCCCAACGGCGGGCGGGUUUACUACGAGCGGCGCAGCCAGCCUCCCUUCCUGCCGCUGAUGGUGGAGAGCUACUACGGAGCAACCGGCAACCGGCAAUUCCUCCGCGCAGCUCUACCGGUUCUGGAGACGGAGUAUCGGUUCUGGAUGCAGAACCGUUCAGUAACUGUGACGGUAACCGGGUCAGAACACGUUCUGAACCGGUUCAAAGUGGAUGCGGACCUGCCCAGGCCUGAAUCGUACACAGACGAUCUGGAAUUAGCUGAAGGACUCUCCGAUGCAGAGGUCAGACGGCGACUGUUCGUGGAUCUGAAGGCCGGCGCCGAGUCCGGCUGGGACUUCACGUCCCGCUGGUUCAUAAACGCCAGCGGCCAGAACGACGGGACGCUCAGAGACACGCGGACCAGCCAGAUCCUCCCCGCCGACCUCAACGCCCUGCUCUGCCGCAACGAGAGACUCCUGGCCUCUUUCCACCGGCUGCUGGGUAACGACGAGUCGGCCGCUCUGUACGAGGGAGCGGCGGCGCGCAGGACGCAGGCGAUGGAGGCGCUGCUGUGGGACGCAGAGAGGGGAGCGUGGUUCGACUACAACCUGCUGACGAACUCCAAACAUUUUGACUUCUACCCGUCCAACCUGGCGCCCGUCUGGGCCCAGUGCUACUCCCAGCCGGCCAUGGGGGAGAAGGCGCUGCAGUACCUGAAGGCGAGCGGCGCUCUGGACUUCCCCAACGGCGUGCCGACGUCACUGAGGGACUCUGGGCAGCAGUGGGACUAUCCCAACGCCUGGCCGCCUCUGCAGCACAUGCUCAUCGAAGGUUUGUCCAAACUGUCUUCAGAGGAGGGAAAGAAGCUGGCGUUUGAUCUGGCGCAGCGUUGGAUCAACACAAACUGGCGGGCCUAUGAGAUACACAAAGCCAUGUUUGAAAAGUACGACGUGAAUGGAGACGGGAAGCCAGGCGGAGGUGGAGAAUACGAAGUUCAGCUGGGCUUUGGUUGGACCAACGGCGUGGCCCUGCAGCUCCUGGAUCAGUAUGGGGCGACUCUCACCUCGGGAGGCGGCCGUGUGCGCUCUGACCUCCUGCUGCCUCUGGUCGCCUCCGUCGCUCUCAUGCUCCGGUGAAUCGGAGGCGUCAGAAGAACCCGGCUGAGGCUCGGAUUUUAUUUCAGCAUUCAUGUUUCGACUCACACUUCCUCCUCCACGCCUCGUCCACAGACUAAAGAGACCAACCAGGGUGUUUUUACCGCAGAAGUAGCCGCAGCAGCCUAAUAUAAUUACUGUUAAUUGGUUUCAUUCCUCUGAGGUGAAUAAUGUUUGGGUUCCUGAGAAGAUUUAAUACUUUUGUGCCAGUAAAGCUCAGCAUUGUUUUUGUUUUUUUUCUCAGAGUUAAAACUGAGAUUAAGAAUGUUUAUCCAACUGAUUCAGUUCUUGUAUUUAUUAUAUGGAAGAGGAUAAGGGCCACUGAAGAAAAGAAAUGAAAUGUUUGUUGUUUUUUUCUCAGAAUUCGGAUUUUGGCCUCCCAAUAUUCUGACUCUAAUCUAAAAGUUCAGAGUUUUGUCACAUAAUUCUGACUAUAAUCUCAGAAUUCUGAUUCUCAUCUUAGAACUGCCAUUAAUCUCAAAAUUAUUACUUUAAUCUCAGAAUUCUGAUUUUAACCUCAAAAUUUUUUCUUUUUUCUGAAAAUUCUAAUUUUAAUCUCAGAAUUUUGACAUUUUUUUCCUCAGAAAUCUCACAUUUUCUUAGAAAUUCUCAGUUUUAUCUUCAAAAGUCUGACUUUAAUUUGACUUUUUUCUCAAUUUUUUGAUUCUGUGUCCAUCUAUGUCAAAAUCAAUAUAUUCUUUGGUGCAUGUCAGUUAUGUUGUUACCAUAUUAACCAGAUGCUAAGAAGUUAUAAUCCCAUAACAGUCUACUUCUUGUUAUGAGUUUGGUAAACAGGCUCUUUACCUAGAAGCUUGCCACAAAUUAACUUUGUAGAUUUUAGUUUUAAGACUAGAUCUGUCUGCAUGAACAAUCUAAAGGAUUCUUAUUCUGAGAAAACAAGUCAGAUUUUUUUUCUUCUGAUUCUCUUUUGUAUUAUUGUCAUUGUUGUGAUUUAAAAAAUAAAUGAAAUAUAAAAAAAAA